CACCAACAAGACACUCAGAAAAAAAACAAAGAAAUAUUCUAGCUAGUGAGAGAGAGAAAAAAAAAAUGGUGCAAGAAGAAAUAAGAAAAGGUCCAUGGACUGAACAAGAAGAUCUUCAGCUAGUAUUUUAUGUGAAGAUGUUUGGUGACCGUCGCUGGGAUUUUCUGGCGAAAGUUUCAGGUUUGAAAAGAAGUGGAAAGAGUUGCAGAUUGCGAUGGGUUAACUACUUGAAUCCUGGUCUUAAACGUGGCAGGAUGACCCCUCAAGAAGAACGCCUUGUUCUUCAACUCCACUCCAAAUAUGGAAAUAGAUGGUCAAAAAUCGCUGGGAAAUUACCUGGGCGAACUGAUAACGAAAUCAAGAAUUAUUGGAGAACUCACAUGAGAAAGCAGGCCCAAGAUCAGAAGAAGAAUAAGGCUCCUAUUUCUCCAUCUUCGUCUUCCUCCAAUUGUUCCUCUUCCUCUGCCAAUAGUCCUGGUGUGGACUCUAUACCCAUCAGUACUGAACAAAACGAAACGAACUUCUACAAUAACGAUGGACUGGAGCUGUUGGAACAAGUUGUUGGAGAAAAUAAAAUACAUGAUAAUCAUGAACAAGGGUAUCAGAACAUGAUGGUCUAUUCCAUGGAUGAAAUCUGGAAAGAUGUCGAAUCAUCACAAGAAAUUGAAACAAGGAACAAGUUACCAGUUAUGGCUUCACCCUUAUGGGAUUAUUGUCCUGAUUCACUGUGGAAUAUGACUGAUUAUUACUUUGAGAAUCAAGAUUUCACAUUUUUUACUGGCUAACUGGAGGAAAAAUAUUUGUUUCUUGUAGAGUUGGUGUAGGUUUGUGAGGAAAGUAAUAUUUAGUUAUCACUUGUAUAUAGUAACAGUAAGAGUCUAAAAGAUCCCAUGAUCAGAAGGCGCUGGGUUUUUAAAUAAUUGGUAGUGUUUGUAAGUCUUCUGUUAUCUGAGGCUUAGUUAUAUUAGUACUAGAGUAUAUAUGUGUCUUUAUGUGUGGCUACUCUGACAAUCUCUUAUAUAUGAAGAUCUAAAUUUCCUUUAA